CGAUGGCCUGGUUCGCCCCCCCGCCUGGGGGGCCCGGCGCCCGCCGCUCACUGCCUGGGGGGUGACCCGCUCCGGCUGACGCCACGCCUGGACGUCUCCGCCCUGGGGGCCCGAAUGCCGCCGCUCCGCCCGGGGGCCACGCGUGCCUGCUGCUCCGCGGCCCGGGGGCCCGCUGCCUGCUGCUUCCUGCCCCGGGGGCCCGCUGCCUGCUUGCUUCCGCCCGGGGGCCCGGUGCCUGCUGCUCCCGCCCGGUGGGCCCGCUGCCUGCUGCUUGCUACUCGCCCUGGUAAUUCCGAUGUGCCUCUGCCCGGGAGUCCGGCCCGACAUGACGCC